AUGAAGAUGUGCGGCGCCACCUACAAGCUCUCCUCCACGUUUGCGCCAGACCCACCAUGUCCUCCCACGAAAAGCUCUCUGCCGCCGCGAACGACCGCAAAGCGCGCCUCGCACAGCUCAAAUCCCUCAAGCGGAAACAAGCCCCCCACAACAGACGAAGCCGACAACGAGUCCCCAGCACAAUCCGAGAAUGCAUCGACCCUCACAACCACCGACGCCUCCAUAGACAACACUGUAACAAAAACCUACCUCUCCGGGCGCAACUUCGACCCUUCCACCCGCAACGUCAAACUCGGCUUCGAGAACCAGCCCAUAUCCGAUCCGACAUCAACACUAGAGUACAAAGCGCAGCAACUCGCCAUCGAAACCAAAGCGCAACAAGACGCGGAAAAAGCCGACGAGAAUAAAGGACUCGAUCUGUUCAAAUUACAGCCGAAGAAGCCGAAUUGGGAUUUGAAAAGAGAUCUGGAGCAGAAGAUCAAGCCACUGGAUGUGCAGACGGAAAAUGCGAUUGCGAGAUUGGUUAGGGAGCGCAUAGAGGCGCAGAAACAGGAGGGCGUGAAGCAGGUUGCUGGGGCUGGGCGCGGGAAUGAGAAUCAGGGGGAUGGCGAGGAGGUGGGGAUGGAGGGGACUGAACUGGUCGAGGCGAUGCAUUUGAAGGAGCAGGAGGAGGAGCGGGAGAGAAGGAGGGAUGAGGAAGAUGAGGACGUUAGCUGA